UGGCGGCGGCGGUCUGGGCCGCGGGACUCGGGCCUACCGGGGUGGGCGGGGCGAAGUCGGGUCGCUAGUUGUCCCCAGGUGACCCGCACACGCCAGGGGGCCUGGAGGGCUUAGCGGAGCAGUCUCGGACCCGUCAGCGGUGGCGAAACCUGGCGUUGAGCGGGGGGCCUUCUUAGGGCCCCGGGACGCGUUUGUGGGUACCAGGGGGCGUCUUAGGGCGUCCCGGAGAGACCUAGGGGUGUCCACAGGGCCUGGAUCGGGCCUGGGGCCUGCCCUCCAUCAUAUAGGUGACCUAGGUCGUGUCGUAGUUGCUGUAGAUCGCUUUUAUGGGGGUGACUGUAGGGUAGGGUCUGUUUUGAGGGUUUGGGGCCCAUCUUGAGGUUUUGAGCUAUGUCCCCGGAGAGAAGGAGGGGUGCAUUCGCUGUGUAAUAUCUUCAGAGCCACCUAGAGCACCUGGGGUAUGUCUGUUAGGGCUGGGAAUUGUUUCCAUGGGCUGGUCUUAGGCUGUGACCCAUCUCCCUAGAUGUGGUGCCAUUUAUUGGUCUGGAAGAACUUACCACAGGGCUAGUCAAAAAGCCCUUUAAAGGGCCACCUUGAAGGAAUUAGAUGUGCCCACCAGGGAAGGGAGGCCAAUAUCCUGAUGCACUGAGAGGCCUAGAUGGGUCUCAAAGGUCUGGAAAGUGUCUGAUCUGGGUGACAGGAGGCUGGGAUCAAAUCUGAAGGUCCUGAAACCAUUGAGGUGGCUUUGAUGUGAUUGCAGGAUUUCAGUCCUUAUGCUUGGAGCAAACUCAAAUACCUUUUGAGGCUAUAUAAUAAGUAUUUGGAGAAUAAUGCAAAAGAGAUCGUUGGACGUUCUGCCCAGCUCAAAUGUACUUGCCCUUCAGAAAGUAAUUCAAAUGAAAAUUGCUUGAAAACAAAUGCCUUGUCCUGGAGCUAGAAUUUUUUCUUGUAGGUCUCAGAAGGUGUGUAGGGUCAUCUGGACUUAUCUAAUGCCAUUCGACCUUGAUCCUCAGUAAGAAAUACAUUUUUCCUUGAAACCCAGUACAUGUCAAUGUGUAGAUUUAACAAAUAUUAAAGUCUCCAUAAUUGAUAUUUCUACUUUCUCUUUGGUAAGAAUUUUUCAUUAUGCUUACUUAUAACAGUCAUUUAUGAAACCUUACACUGCUCUCAGAUCCUGUAGACAGGGAGCCAUUGAUCUAGAGGGACCUAGCAGUGUCUGUAGAGCCUUAUAAUGACUAAAAGCUCUGAGGAGUGGAGGGAAGGUCUCCUCCACAGGAGUGGGAACAAAUCUUGGCGUGCUGCAGGAGAUUUGGGGACUUCCAAGUCUGUAGUCAGAGGAUCUUGCUUGAGUUUGAUUUGUGACUGUCACUGUUCUGGGAAGCAGGUGGUACUUCCCUGGAGGUGUUGGAGAGCAGCCUCAGGGAUGGGCAGGGUAUUGAGUAUUGAUUGGAGAGGCUGAGAUGUGAUUGAUUGUCUGGGUGGAGCAGGUUUACCGGAGGUAUGCUGAGGCCUCCCAGUGUGGAGAGCUGGCGGUAUGAGUGUGUGAAUGUAGAAGCUUAGGCCUAGCUUGACAGUCUAUGCCAUGACUGAAAUGGGCUCUGAAGCCUUUUCUUUGCAGGUGUACGAGCAAGGAAUAGGGGAGAUAGGUGGAGUGUAAACCUGGGCACACAGAACUAAUAAGCCAGCACAGUUAAUGUGUAUUGGACAAUUAGGCUAUGCUAAGAAGGAUGUGGUGUUGAAUUCUCUCAGCCAUUCUCUGAGGACAGAUGCUGCCCUGGCUGUUUCCAAACAUGCACACUUGGGUAAUACGGAGUUAGGGAGUUUGGACUUUCUAAGAAUUUGGAGGUUGAAUAUUGUCUUCAAAGUAGCAGAUUUAAUUGCAGUGGAACAUUCCAGCUGUACUGUUUAUUUUCUGAAGCCCUAAUCAAGAUGUUCGCCAGCCUGAAGAUGCCUGAUUGGGCACUGAAAUCCAAGAAUUUCCUUGGCUUUUGACCACACAGGAUAGGCAUCUGGGUGAUUGGCAAGUGCCCCAAUGGGUUGCUGGUGACAGUACGCCUUUUACAAGUGGCCUACUGGACUUGCAGGUCUCUCUGUCAGAUUCCACCUUGUGCAUGUAUAUAAACAUUCCUCAGUCCUUCAUCACUGAGGACGAUGGAUGCUGUGUGAAGCUGUGUGGUACCUGGCAUUCCGUGCCAUCAGCACACUGGCACCUACCUGUUUGGGAAAGGUGACCAUGGAGGAAGAAGAUGAGUCUCGAGGGAAGACGGAGGAGUCUGGCGAGGAUCGUGGAGAUGGUCCGCCUGACAGAGACCCCACACUUUCUCCUUCUGCCUUCAUCCUGCGAGCAAUUCAGCAGGCUGUACGAAGCUCCCUUCAGGGGGAUCUGCCGAGUGAUAAAGAUGGCUCGCGGUGUCACGGCUUUCCAUGGAGGCGCUGUCGGAGCCCACGGUCAGAAUCCCGGCCCCAGGAGUCAGGGGGCACUGACACGGCCACUGUGUUGGACAUGGCCACGGAUAGCUUCCUUGCAGGGCUGGUGACCACCCUGGACCCCCCAGAUACCUGGGUUCCCAGUCGCCUGGACCUGCGGCCUGGCGAAAGCGAAGACAUGCUGGAGCUGGUGGCUGAGGUCCGAAUUGGGGACAGGGACCCCAUCCCUCUCCCUGUGCCCAGCCUGCUGCCCCGUCUCAGGGCCUGGAGGACAGGCAAAACGGUUUCUCCACAGUCCCACUCUUCCCCACCCGUCUGUGCCCGCCACCUCCUCACCUUAGGCACUGGGGAUGGGGGCCCCGCCCCACCACCUGCCCCCUCCUCUGCCUCCUCCUCCCCUUCCCCUUCCCCCUCCUCGUCUUCCCCUUCCCCUCCUCCACCUCCUCCUCCCCCAGCACCCCCAGCCCCACCUGCCCCUCGAUUUGACAUCUAUGACCCCUUCCACCCCACCGAUGAGGCCUAUUCCCCACCGCCUGCUCCUGAGCAAAAAUAUGACCCCUUCGAGCCCACUGGCUCCAACCCCAGUUCGUCAGCGGGGACUCCCUCACCAGAGGAAGAGGAGGAAGAAGAAGAGGAGGAGGAGGAGGAGGAAGAAGAGGAAGAGGAAGGUCUGUCGCAGAGCAUCAGCCGCAUCUCAGAGACCCUGGCUGGCAUCUACGAUGACAACAGUUUGAGCCAGGACUUCCCAGGUGACGAGAGCCCCAGUCCCGACCCCCAGCCGCCCGCCGCAGCGCCCGGAACUCCGCCCCAGGCGGACUCCACCCGCGCGGAGGGAGCCACCCGGCGGCGCGUCUUCGUGGUGGGUGCUGAGGCCGAGGCCUGCCGGGAAGGCAAGGUCUCCGUGGAGGUGGUGACGGCCGGGGCCGCGCUGCCGCCCCCCCUGCUGCCCCCCACGGACUCAGAGAUUGAGGAGGGCGAGAUCGUGCAGCCCGAGGAGGAGCCCAGACUGGCGCUGCCCCUGUUCCGCGCUGGCGGGCGGCCUGCGCGGCCUCCUCCGGCUCCCGCGCCAGCGCCCGCGCCCGCCCCGCCGCCGCCGCCGCCGCCACCCGCUGCCCGCGCACCGGAGGGCGAUGACUUCCUGUCCCUGCACGCCGAGUCGGACGGCGAGGGCGCCCUGCAGGUGGACCUGGGGGAGCCGGCACCCGCGCCGCCCGCCGCCGACGCGCGCUGGGGCGGCCUGGACCUGCGCCGGAAGAUCCUGACCCAGCGGCGGGAGCGCUACCGCCAGCGCUCGCCGUCCCCGGCGGCCGCCCCGGCCCCCGCGGCUGGCGCCGGCCCACCGGCACGCAAGAAGUCCCGGCGCGAGCGCAAGCGCAGCGGUGAGACCAAGGAGGCCGCCCCGGGCCCCGGCGCCCCGCCCGCCCCGCCGGCCCCCACCUCGCCCUGGGACAGCAAGAAGCGCCGCUCCCGCGACCGCAAGACCAGCUCCCACGCCGCAGCCUCCACCCGCCGCCGCUCCCGCUCCCGCUCGCGGUCCGCCCGCCGCCGCUCCCGCAGCUCCGACCACCGGCGCGGGGGCCGCCGGUCGCGAUCACGGGAGAAGCGGCGCCGGCGGCGGCGUUCGGCAUCCCCGCCCCCCGCCACCUCCUCGUCGUCGUCCUCGCGCCGGGAGCGGCACCGGGGCAAGCACCGCGAUGGCGGCAGCAAGAAGAAGAAGAAGCGCUCGCGCUCCCGGGGCGAGAAACGGGCGGCCGACGGGGGCGAGAAGCCGGCCGGAGGAGCCGCGCCCUCCUCGGGCUCGGCCGACCGCGAGGGCCGCCGCCGGGGCGCCGUGCCGCCCUCCAUCCAGGACCUCACGGACCACGACCUCUUUGCCAUCAAGCGGACCAUCACGGUGGGUCGGCCCGACAAGCCCUCACCCCGCGGGCCCUCGCCGGGCCCCGCCACGUCCCCCCGGCGCGAGGUGCUGUACGACUCGGAGGGGCUGAGCGCAGACGAGCGGGGCAAGGGCGGCGACAAGGAGCGGCGCCGCGCGGGGUCCGGCGCCACCUCGUCCUCGCGGGACAAGAGCUCGCGCCGCAAGGGCCUGGACGCGGGCGACCGGGAGCGCGACCGCGACCGAGACCGAGCCUCCAAAAAGGCGCGGCCCAAGGACUCGGCGCCGCCCGCCGGGCCCCCAAAGCCCGCCGCCAGCAGCGGCUCCGGCUCCUCGUCGUCUUCAUCGUCCUGCUCCUCGCGGAAGGUAAAGCUGCAAUCCAAGGUGGCCGUGCUGAUCCGCGAGGGCGUCAGCAGCACCACCCCGGCCAAGGACACCGCGGGUCCCGGCUCCAUCGCCGUCAAGUUCAGCCGCGACCGCGAGAGCCGCUCACCCUUCCUCAAGCCCGAGGAGCGGGCACCUGCGGACGCAGCCAAGGCCGCCGCCGGCAGCACCAAGCCCAAAAAGACCAAGGCCAAGGCUAAGGCCGGGGCCAAGAAAGCCAAGGGGACCAAGGCGAAGACCAAGCCGUCCAAGACGCGGAAGAAGGCCCGCAGUGGAGGCAGCAGCGCGGGCAGCGGCCCGGGCGCUCUGAAGAAGUCCAAGGCCGACAGCUGCAGCCAGCCGGCGGGCGCCAAGGGUGGCGAGGAGACGUCCUGGUCAGGAGAGGAGCGCGCAGCCAAGGCCCCCAGCACCCCGCCGCCCAAGGCGGCGCCUCCGCCUCCUGCGCUCACCCCCGACUCCCAGACUGUGGACAGCAGCUGUAAGACCCCCGAGGUCUCCUUCCUGCCUGAGGAAGCAGUGGAGGAGGCUGGGGGCCGGGGUGGGGUGGAAGAGGAGGAGGAAGAAGAGGAGGAAGAAGAGGAGGAGGAAGAGGAGGAACAGCAGCCUGCAACCACCACAGCCACCAGCACAGCUGCGGCUGCCCCAAGUACUGCCCCCAGCGCGGGGUCCACAGCGGGAGACUCAGGGGCAGAGGAUGGGCCGGCUGCCCGUGUUUCCCAACUGCCCACGCUGCCCCCACCCAUGCCCUGGAACCUGCCAGCUGGCGUGGACUGCACAACCAGUGGUGUCCUGGCCUUGACUGCACUUCUCUUCAAGAUGGAAGAAGCCAACCUGGCAAGUCGAGCAAAGGCCCAGGAGCUGAUCCAGGCCACCAACCAGAUCCUCAGCCACCGGAAGCCACCCUCCAGCCUGGGGGUGACCCCAGCUCCUGUACCCACCUCUCUGGGUCUGCCCCCUGGCCCCUCCAGCUACUUGCUUCCUGGCAGCCUCCCUCUGGGCGGCUGCGGCUCCACCCCUCCCACUCCCACGGGGCUGGCAGCUUCUUCUGACAAGCGAGAAGGCAGCAGCAGCUCAGAGGGACGUGGGGACACAGACAAGUAUCUGAAGAAGCUGCACACCCAGGAGCGCGCAGUGGAGGAGGUGAAGCUGGCCAUCAAGCCGUACUACCAGAAGAAGGACAUCACCAAGGAGGAGUACAAGGACAUUCUGCGGAAGGCCGUACACAAGAUCUGCCACAGCAAAAGUGGGGAGAUCAACCCAGUGAAGGUGAGCAACCUGGUGCGGGCCUACGUCCAACGCUACCGCUACUUCCGCAAGCACGGGCGCAAGCCGGGGGAUCCCCCAGGACCCCCCCGGCCAUCCAAGGAGCCAGGGCCUCCAGACAAGGGUGGCCCAGGCCUGCCCCUGCCCCCUCUCUGAGACCCCCAGCCAUCCCUUCUGCCCCUUGCCUCUUUGAGAUUCUGGACAUAUUUAUGGCUCCACCUCCCCACUCCCCUCCCCCAUCAGUGGGAUGACUGGGGGAGGGUUGCUGCAGGGAAGAGGAGAGCCCCUUGCCCUGCCCAGCCUCCUGCCCAUCUCCUUCGUGCCCAUGCUGGCCCCAUUGCCCCUUCCUUGUUCGUACCCAGUUCCCAGUUUCAUUAAAGAUUUCAUGAAAUGUA